GACCUGUCCGAAAAGGAAUCCCCUUUAUAAGAGAUCUUACGACAGAUCGUGUUCCCUAGCCAAGUGCUGCGUUGGCACAUACAAUGGACGGGGAAGACAACCGCACCCUCCACGUUUCAAAUGAAAUCCAACCACCCCCUUUGACCUUACUCAUGCUUGUCAACGAUGGGUCCCCAGGUUGACUUUAAUGUUCCACGUCAACAGACGUCAAAUUGUUCGUGAGAGACAUAGCUGUAAAUGGAAAUUCAACGUUGAAGUUUGACGUCCAAAUUAAACCUCGUUUACCUAUAAAUAGAAGUCGUUUCUCACUUAUCUGCAUCUCAACUAACCUCUAAUUCCAUCCAUUAAUUCUAUGGCGGCAGCGUGCCUUCCGGCUUCCCGUUGUUGUGCCGGCGUCACUGUGUGCCGGCGGGUGGACGCCUCGGCCUUUGCGGAGGCUUCGAACGAGAUGGAGUUCGCACCGGCAGUUUCAGUGCCCAGAAGGAUUGCGGUGAAGAACACGCCGGCGCCGGUUCCAGCUAAAGCGACAGGGCCAGGGCAGAUGAUGAAUGUGUGGAAGGAGAUGGAGGAUUGGGAGUCAGUGGGGGCGGCGCCGCCUCUGCAGCCACUUCUGAGGGAAGGGAUCGCUCGCUACGGCGAGCUUGUAGCUGCUUGCUACAAGGCCUUGGACCUCAACCCUUCCUCCGACCGGUACCUCAACUGCAAGUACGGCAAGAAGAGCAUGCUCCGUGGGGUGGGCAUGGCGGACUCCGGCUACUACGUCACCAAGUACGUUUACGCCGCCCCCCAUUUCAGGCUCCCCAUCGCUGCCAGCAACUGCAGUCCCUGGAUUGGCUACGUCGCCGUGUCCUUCUCCGACUGCCUCUGCCUCCGCCGCGAAAUCCUCGUGUCCUUCCGCGGCACCGUCACUGGCACCGAGUGGAUUGCGAACCUGAUGAGUUCUCUGGAGGCGGCGCGGUUCGACCCGCAUGACCCCCGCCUUGACGUCAAGGUCGCCUCCGGCUUCCUCAGCCUCUACACCUCCGGCGACAGCUCCACCAAGUUCGGCAGCGGCAGCUGCCGCGAGCAGCUCCUCUCCGAGCUGUCCCGCCUCCUCUGCGAGUACAAGGGCGAGGAGGUGAGCAUCACGCUGGCCGGCCACAGCAUGGGCAGCGCCCUCGCGCUGCUCCUCGGCUACGACAUCGCCGAGCUCGGCCUCAACCAGCUGGGGCGGCGCAGGUCGGCGCCCGUCAUGGUCUGCUCCUUCGGAGGGCCCCGCGUCGGCAACGCCGAGUUCAAGAGGCGGUGCGAGGAGCUCGGGGUGAAGGUGCUGCGGGUGGUGAACGUGAACGACCUGGUGACGAAGUUGCCGGGAGUCAUCUUCAACGAGAAUUUCAGGAACCCGGUGGGCGGCGGCAGAUCCAGCUACGCUCACGUCGGCGUGGAACUGGCGCUGGAUUUCUUCGAGGUGCAGGACUACCCGGCCUGCGUGCAUGACCUGGACGCCUACAUCCGGCUCUUGAAGUGCCCCGACAGUGACGACAUGGUGCGAGCGAAGCGGAAGGGGGCGGCCUCCGCCGCCGCCUUCGACAUAGUGAAGAAGGCGAGAUAGUGCUUGGGGAGAAGUCAGCGACUCGACGCAUGGAGAUGGCAGGACGCCGCCAUGCACGUGAGCCAUUGGACAUCUGAAGCUUGCAGACUGUUAAAAGGCAGUUAAUUAGUUACCUCAUUUUUUUGAAUUAUUUUAAUGGACGUGUAUUUUUUUUUUAAAGAAUCAUGUCGAUUACUUAUA